AUGGCCUCCUCCUCCCACUCCCUCGCCGCCUCGCGGCGCGGCCGCAGCGCGCGGCAGGCGCCCUUCUUCCGCGACCUCGCCACCCCGAUCCCGUCCCACCGCGGCGUCUCCCGCUUCGCCUCGGGGGCUUCCCCCUCCGCGGCCCCCUCCGCCACGCCGCCGCCGCCGCCCAUCUUCACCCUCGACGACCGCUACGCCGCCGCGGACUUCUCCCCGGACCCCACCGCCUCCGACCUCCUCCCCGUCGCGUCCUCCCCCUCCCCCCGCGCCGCCGCCAGCCGCUCGCCGCCAUGGGACCUGUCCCGGGGCAAGGUGUCGCUCUCGCCACCAGGAUCCCCCAUGGAUGGGGUCGUCGAGCCGGCUCGGAAAGAGGUGCUCGCUUUGCCGCCGCCCGCGAGCCCUGGCGCCCCACCUCCUGCCACGACAGCGGAGGCGCAGUCACCGGUGUCCCCCGCGCAGGCACCGGCUAGGACGGAGCCAGUGGCGAACGGAGGGGAGGUCGAACGGGAGGAGUGGGUCACUGUAUUCGGAUUCUCUAUUGGAGAUACCAACCUUGUUCUUCGGGAAUUCGAGAAAUGUGGAGUAAUAUUGAGACAUCACUCUGGUCCAAGAGAUGGAAAUUGGAUCCACAUAUUGUACCAGCGCUCUUAUGAUGCUCAAAAGGCCCUUCAGAAAAAUGGUAUCCAACUAAGCAGCGGUAUGAUAGUUGGAGUAAAGCCUAUUGAUGCAGUGCACCGGCAGCAGCUGGAUGAGAGUUUCGCGCGAAGCAGUCAAGGUGGAUUUAUGGUUUCCUUGCCUUCAAAGUCACUUGGCUUGAAGAGCACAGGUGCAUCGCACCAGUUAGGAGCCUUGCCCCGCCCGUAUGACCCUAAAGCUAACACUAAUGUUAGCCGAGAUGCAGGCCGUCGUGCAACUGGCAGCGUUGCUGCACCAGCAAAAUCAAUUUUAACCAAUGUGAUGGAUUUGAUAUUUGGCAUCUGA